AAAUCCUGUAUAAUCGAAAACGCUAUUAGCUGCUUGCUUUUUGUGUCUCAAAUCUAGCCACACUGCUUUGCAGCACUUUUGAGCAUUUUAUAGUUUACUAUGCAUGUAAAAACUUUUAUAUAUAUCUCUCAGCGUAUCUUUUUAAAUUCCAUUACAUCUUGAUGUACUUAGAUAUGUGUAUAGUGUGUUGUAAUUUAAAGAUAAAAUUGGAGACGCUUUAUUUAAAAACAUAAUUAUGAUUAUUAUAAUAGUUAAACGUCAGAGAUGCUUGGCUAAGUGUUAACUCUACAGAUACAUUUAUUUUAUUUUAUGUCUCGAGAAAAAUAGUAGAUUAAUCAGGUUUUGAAAACACAAUUUUGUAACCUCAAUCAAUCAAAAUGUGGCAACAAUCCAAGCUGUUGUACGGUAGAUGUGUAAUGCAAGGAAGAAAUCUUUUUAAUCAUCACAAAACAGCAGAAAUAGCUACAAAAUCUAUCAAUACAAUAGAAGAUGCUGAAUAUUCAUUUCCUAAAGAAGCACGAGUUGUCAUAUGUGGAGGUGGUGUUAUGGGAGGUGCUGUGGCAUAUCAUUUGUCUUUGAUGGGACUGGGAUCGCAGACUGUUCUAGUAGAAAGUGGCAGACUGGGAGGAGGAACAACAUGGCAUGCGUCAGGAUUAGUGGGAGCUUUCAAACCCAGUCUGGCACAAGUGAAACUUGCUCAGGAUAGUAUUGCGCUGUAUAAAGAAUUGGAGAAGAAAGGCUUGUUGACAGGCUGGAAACAAUGUGGCAGCCUUUCUUUGGCGCGAACAAGAGAUCGUAUGACUACGUUCAGGCGAAUGAAGGCACAAUCUGUGUCGCGUGAUAUUGAGUGCCACUUAGUUUCACCGGAAGAAAUUCGAGAUCUAUGUCCAUUGUUACAUGUUGAUGAUCUCUUUGGGGGAUUAUGGAUUCCAGAAGACGGGGUCGGUGAUCCAUAUCAAAUCUGCUUAACACUGAUUCAAGAAGCGCAACAAGGAGGUGUCACAGUACUGGAGAAUUGUGCGGUCACAAAGGUUAUCAAUCAGGGCGGUCGAGUGAAAGCGGUGGAAACAACAAACGGUACCAUUGAAUGCCAACAUUUUGUAAAUUGUGCUGGAUUUUGGGCGCGGAAUGUAGGGAAACUCAGUGAGCCAUACGUAAAAGUACCACUUCAUCCAGUGGAACACUACUACUUACACACUAAACCUAUUACUAAUUUAGAUCCAAUGACACCUGUUGUGCGCGAUUUGGACGGAUAUAUCUAUUUUCGAGAGAACGAGGGUCGAUUGUUGGCUGGCGGUUUCGAGCCGGUCGCAAAACCAGCCUUUGAAGACGGCAUAAUUCCUGAGAGCAUGGAUAAGCGGUUUUUGCCGGAAGAUUGGGAUCACUUUCACACUUUGCUGGAACAGAUGCUGCAUAGAAUUCCAAGUCUAGGAAAUGCGGUUCUAGAGAGACUCUGCAACGGGCCCGAGGCAUUUUCUCCGGAUUGCAAAUGGAUCGUGGGAGAGGCUCCAGAAAUAUGCAAUUAUUAUAUCGCGGCCGGAAUGAAAACGGUCGGAAUAUCCGCUGCUGGCGGAGUCGGUCGCGCAACGGCGGAAUUGAUAGUUAACGGCUCGACUUCGUUAGAUAUGUACGAGUUAGACGUGUCCCGCUUCCUCGGAUUGCACAAUAAUCGCAAGUUCCUGCGCGAUCGAGUGCGAGAAGUGCCUGGAAUGCACUACGCGCUGCAAUAUCCCCACCACGAGUUCAAAACCGGACGAAAUCUGAGAAUGUCACCGAUUUAUCCGAAGCUGAGAGACGCUGGUGCCGUUUUCGGCCAGGUCAUGGGCUACGAGAGACCGUCUUGGUUUCAGCCGGAUGACGACUAUGAUUUAGAGUUUCCCGAUGGUUUUCAAAGAUAUAAAAUAGCCUACACAAACACAUUCUGCAAACCUCCUUGGUUCGAUGCAGUCGCGCAAGAAUACGCUGCUUGUAGAGAAGCGAUCGGUCUGAGCGAUUAUUCUUCUUUCACGAAAAUCGAUUUAUGGUCGAACGACACGGAAGUCGUGGAUUUGUUACAGUAUUUGUGCUCAAACGAUGUAGAUGUGCCCGUGGGAAGUAUUAUCCAUACCGGUAUGCAGAAUCGACGUGGUGGCUAUGAGAAUGAUUGUAGUUUAGCGCGAAUCGCACCGAAUCAUUACAUGAUGAUCGCCCCAACUAUUCAACAAACGCGUUGCAAAAAUUGGAUCCACCGACACUUGCCAGCGGACGGUUCUGUCGCCGUGUCUGAUGUCACAUCGGCGUACACUGCAAUUUGCAUAAUGGGUCCGGCCACCAGACGAUUGUUAACCGAAUUGACAGACAUAGAUUUGAAUCCAAAAAACUUUCCAUUUUUCACGUUUAAGGAAUUAGAUGUUGGACUCGCCAAUGGUAUUCGCACAAUGAAUUUAACGCACACUGGAGAGCUUGGCUACGUUCUGUAUAUUCCGAACGAGUUUGCCCUGCACGUUUAUACGAGGCUAAUAGACGCCGGAGCAAAAUACGGGAUGAAACACGCUGGUUAUUAUGCAACGCGGGCUUUGCGCGUUGAAAAGUUUUAUGCAUUCUGGGGACAAGAUUUAGAUACCUUCACCACUCCCUUGGAAUGCGGCCGAUCGUGGAGAGUGAAAUUCGAUAAAGAAAUCGAUUUCAUCGGCAGAGACGCUCUUUUAAGACAGCGCAACCAAGGCGUUCAACGUAAGUACGUGCAGUUGCUGUUGAACGAUCACGAUCUUGAGUUGGACACUUGGCCCUGGGGCAGCGAGCCCAUUUACAGAAAUGGAAAAUAUUGCGGGAUGACGACGACCACGGGUUAUGGAUUUACAUUUAAAAAGCAGGUGUGUCUUGGGUUUGUGCAAAACUUCGAUUCGAAAGGGCAGCCGCAAGAGGUGACGAACGAAUACGUAUUAUCGGGCGAUUACGAGGUGAAUGUCGCGGGCAUCAUGUAUUCCGCGAAGUGCCACUUGCACAGCCCGAAUUUACCGACCAAGUUCCCCGACAAAGAGAGAGACGCGUAUCACGCUACGCGCGAUCAACAACCCUCGUAAAUCUUCCACUCAGCCAAUGAUACUUCAA